AUGGCCGUCUUACUUGGUCUACUAAAUUUUUCAUCCUUGCACCAUGCCACUUUGAAAUUGUUUAUAUACCCACAUCUUUUUUACCGUCAUCAGGCCAGCGAUGCUGUUCCAAACGAACUUGAAAAUGCUUUCCGCUCUAUCAGCCCACCUGGGGUUCCUCCAUUGGUCACUGCACAACAGACCGAGUUUUUGCGAGCUCUUCAGUCCAGUAUCCAGUUUUUUACCAAUCGCAUGCUUAGUGACAGUCAGAGAGGACGCAGCAUCGCAAAUGACACUACUGUUCAGGCCCUAUUUACCACACUUCAUGAAAUGCAUCCUCAAUUGUUACAGUAUAUGCACCAAUUAGAACAACGCAGAGUUGUUAUGCUCUCGAAGAUAUAA